AGUAGCUAGCUAGUUAGCAGCUAGCUUAACCAACCAGCUAGGUGGCAGCGCGGUUUGACGAGAGCCUCAGAAAAAUAUUUAUAGUUCGACACCCAUGGCCUCCUCUGCUCCACACAACUUCUCCUGGGUGGAAUCCGGCAAACUGGCCGGCCUGGCGUUGCCCAAGAUGACAUGUGAAUACCAGUACCUGCUGGACAAUGGCAUCAAACACCUGGUUUGCCUGUGUGAGAGGAAGCCACCUUACUACGACUCGUGUCCAGAGCUGCAGCUUCACCACAUCAAGAUAGUCGACUUCACUCCUCCUUCACCGAGUCAGAUCGACAGAUUCCUCUCCAUCGUGGAAGAAGCCAACUCUAAGGGGGAGGGCGUGGGAGUUCACUGUAUGCACGGUCACGGGAGAACGGGGACCAUGCUGGCCUGCUACCUGGUGAAGACGAAGAAGAUUUCAGGGAUCGACGCGAUCAACGAGAUCCGCAGACUGAGGCGAGGUUCCAUUGAAACUCACGAACAAGAGAAAGCAGUGGUGCAGUUUUAUCAGCGCACAAAGUAACUUUAAUGGAAGGAAGUUUAGCAACAUACAGCAACGAUUUAUACAGUAAAUAAGCAUAAAAUAAUAUUAACUAUUACUAAAUUAAAAGUUUAUUAUCUGGAAAAUAUGAAAAACAAUGUUUAAACUGUUGACAAAUCUCCAAAAAUGAUUUUAACAGACAAUACUGAUCUUGAAAUGACUAAGUCACACAUUUCUACCAUAAAUGCAUUCUCCUGCUGCCUUUU